AUAAAAAAUUGUCGAACAAGUGUAAAGGAACAUGGAUAGAAUUAUUAAUAUUGUAUUUGACGAUUAUGAAUAUGAAUAUCUCCGAAAAAAUGAACGAAGACCACGAUUGAUUAGACCACGUAUAAAUUACUUGGAAAUUUUUGACGAAAUAGAUUUCAAAAAAAGAUUUAUAAUAUCGAGACAUAGUUUUAUGAUGUUAUUGGAAAGAAUUCAAGAUAGAAUACAACAUAACACUAAUCGUAAUAAUGCCAUUCCACCUGCAAUCUAAUUAAUAGUUGCUAUAAGAUUUUAUGCAACCGGAUCGUUUUUGGAAACAAUUGGAGAUUUUUGUGGGAUUAGCGAAAAGAAAUUCGUCUAAGCCAACAGGAAUUUUUUUCAAACGGCCAGAUUUAUUCGUGUUAUUAGUUGCAUGGAUUGUACUCAUAUCAGAGUUCAAUCAUAUGGUGGAGAAGACAGUGAAUUGUUUCGCAAUAGAAAAGGAUAUUUUUCGUUAAAUAUACAAGAAGUUAUUAAUGCAAGGUUGGAAAUCAUUGACAUAGUAGCUCGUUGGCCAGGUUCUACACAUGAUUCAACUAUAUUUAACCAUUCAAGAAUUAAGAGUUUAUUUGAGGCAAAUAGAUUUGAUGAUGGUUUACUUCUCGGAGAUUCUGGGUAUCCGAAUUUACCAUACUUAAUGACACCAGUACAAAAUCUCACAACACCAGCAGAACAUCUCUACAAUGAAGCCCAAAUUCGAACACGCUCAAAAAUUGAAAGAUGUUUUGGGAUUUGGAAAAGACGAUUUCCAGUUUUAUCUAUUGGAUCGCGUUUUCAUCCUCCUCAAAAGUUGCUUCCUGUUAUCAUUGCAACAGCUAUAUUACAUAAAAUCGUCCAGCAAGAAAAUAACUUUGUUAAUCCCGAAAUUUGUGCAAUAUAUGAUAAUAUUAUUACACAGAAUGUAAAUUUGGAUAAUAGGAACAUCAUUGAUAAACGACAAUGUCUUAUUUUAGACUAUUUUGAAAGAUUAUGUUAAAACACAAAAAAUAUAUUUGAAUAUAUACAGUACGAACGUACCAUAAACAAUGAAAAUGAAAAAAAAGGAAAUACAAACAAAUGCACA